AUUGGCUCUCUUUGCCUCCACCCUCGAUUCCGGAACUCCAAGUCCAUCUUGCCCUGGCAGGACCAAGCUGGGGCAACAUGGAUCUGGGGCUUGCAGGUCGGAGGGCUCUGGUCACCGGCGCGGGCAAAGGCAUCGGGCGCAGCACUGUGCUGGCGUUGCAGGCGGCUGGUGCACAGGUUGUGGCAGUGAGCCGGACGCAAGAGGACCUGGACAACCUGGUCCGCGAGUGUCCUGGCGUAGAGCCUGUGUGUGUGGACCUGGCAGACUGGGAGGCUACAGAACGGGCCUUAAGCAAUGUGGGACCGGUGGACCUUCUGGUGAACAAUGCCGCUGUGGCUCUGUUGCAGCCCUUCCUGGAGGUCACCAAGGAGGCCUGUGACACGUCCUUCAAUGUGAAUCUUCGGGCUGUCAUCCAGGUGUCUCAGAUUGUGGCCAAGGGCAUGAUAGCUCGGGGAGUCCCAGGGGCCAUUGUGAAUGUCUCCAGCCAGGCCUCCCAGCGUGCGCUGACCAACCAUACUGUUUACUGUUCCACCAAGGGUGCUCUGGACAUGUUGACCAAGAUGAUGGCCCUAGAGCUUGGGCCCCACAAGAUCCGUGUGAAUGCAGUGAACCCCACAGUAGUGAUGACACCCAUGGGCCGGACCAACUGGAGUGACCCCCACAAAGCCAAGGCGAUGCUGGAUCGUAUCCCACUCGGCAGGUUUGCUGAGGUGGAGAAUGUGGUGGACACCAUCCUCUUCCUGCUGAGCAACCGAAGCAGCAUGACCACUGGCUCUACUCUGCCAGUGGACGGGGGCUUCCUGGCUACCUGAGCCCCCACUAAUACCCUGCUUUAUUCUCAGAACACUGUGUCCUCCAUCCCCGCAAUAAAGCUCUCUGCACAGCCUGUGUGCUGACUCUCCAAUA